AUGGCGAGACUCAGUCGCGAAAAAGACGGCUUCUCUUUCUCUACCGCUUCAUCUGCCAAUCCUACCACCUCGAAGUCGAAGGAAUCCAAACCGAAGGAUAAGUCCAAGAGCAAACACAAGGACAAGAACAUGAGCACAAAGAAGAGCAAGAACAAGGUACACAGUGCUGUUGAAGGCCCAGUCAAAACUUCGCUCCCACAGACUGCGCUUGCUCGCGAUAGUGCCAAUGUCACCUCCACUGGCAACACCAACAAGCUGAGGCCUGUACCCAAGGCGAGUACCGGGAAACACCGACACGCCGAAGAUCAAGCCAAUGCCGCAAGGAUAGGAGCCAAUCGCGAACAUGGGGCUGCAUCAGUCGCUGGCAAAUCGAACAAGCUGAAGCCUAUACUCAAGAAGCCUGUACUCAAGUCGAACACCGAGAAGUACCGAGCUCUCGACGACGAUGCCGAUAUCUGGAUCACAAAGGCUGGACUUUGUACCGACAAUGUCCGGGGCGCUGGCCGGGGUAACACAACCGAGCUGAGGCCAGUUCCCAAGCCGAGUACCAAGAUGCACCGCGCAGUGGAAGACCAAGAUCAAGCCAUUCCUCCGCCCUCAAAGAUUGCGUUCGAGCGCAAUGCACAAGCUACCGGCAGCGCAAACAAGCUGAGGCCCAUACCUAAAUCAAGCACCGAGGAUCACCGCGCGGCCGGACAUUUUGUCAAUACUCCUACCAAGAAGACCGGACUUGGCAGCGAUAAUGCUCAAGGCGUUGGUGGCGAUACGAACAGGCCGAAGCUUUUACCUAGCCCAUCACUGAAAGGUGCGAACGGGGAUUGCCUAGACAUCGACAGUGACGAAAACAGAGACGAAGAGCAUGAUGGCGGAGUCAAGCUCGGCGCCAGUUCCUCUUUGUCCCCAUCUACGACUCCCGAGGACGACAGCUACUCGCCGCUUCUUAGAUUCAUCUGCGAACACAAUUUCAUGCGCAACAAACAGUAUCCUGUUCCACUCGGUUCGCGUCUACAGUUCGUCUGCGAUGUUCGUGAGGAAGCCGAAGAGACUGGGUACGAAGAGGAAGCGGUUAACAGAAUCCUUCUUGAUAUCAAGCGUUACUAUCUUCAGAAUGUGGGACACGGAGAGGCAUUUACUGAGGGUUCGGAGUUUGGGGAUGAGGUCGAGAUUCAAGCUCCACCCUCGCACGAACCCGAGACACUGCGGUUAGCCGGUGAUAAGAAGAAGACAGCAAACUUCAGGCCCGAGAUCCUAGCUAGCUCCGAAAGGAUGGUGGAGAAACUCUUCGGCAAUAUUGUGAAUGCCUCUGGACAAAUCAAUCCAACUGCACUGGAUGACCGUGACCACGACGAUCCAGGCGUAUGCGUAUCCAAGGAUCAAAAAAAGCGGAAGCGGAAGCGGGAGCAUAGGUGGAUGCUGCAGCACAAUGUAUUGAGUGGAGCUCAUACUGUGGCCGACAAGGGAGGGAAGAAAACUCCUGUCACCAUCGAUCUUGGAACCCCGGAGGUUGAAUUUCAGAAUAAGGUUGAAAAGCCGUCAAGAUCCGGAAAGGUUGGAUCGAAGGAGUGUCUCGCUAAUUCUCACAAGAAAACGAAUCGCGCUCAUACCAGCAUCGUUGCUGAAGCUCCUGCGCGUUCUCUCGAAUCUAAAGAGCUGUCCCGCUCCGGAAAGGGCGAUAUGCAGGAAGCUCCACGGCCAAAGAAGAGACAGCGGCGUAGCAGUGGGGAUCCCUCGCAACAGCCGACAAUUCAUUCUUCCCAGCAGAGCGGUGCAGCACUUGAAGACCCGAUUGUGAGGUCCAAAUAUUUCGUGAAAAAGAAGGCCAGGAAGAUUGAAAGGAAGCAAGCUGCUGAUCUUGAGGCUCCGCCCGUGGUUUACAACCGUCGCUCUAUUCCAGACCAUGUUCUGCGGAUGGUUGAGGACAUGGGCAUGCUUUCUGAUCUUCUCCUCUCUGAUUCGACUUUGAGUGACGUACCCAGUGACCUUGAUUCCCUAUCCGAUAGCCCAUCCACGUCUCCAGCCCAUUCGUUGUUUUCAAAGCGCAGUGUCACAAAAUGCCUCGAAGAGGUAACCGAAACCCCAAUUGAACCCAUCAAGUCCGCACAUUGCGCCAUUUCCUGCAGUGCGAGGGAGCAAACACCACCCCCGCUUGACUUUUCGGGCCACAUACUUGUUCCACAGAAAAAGCCCCGCCUCAAGCUAGCAAAGAUAUCACCUUACUUCCAAGGACCCUUGGUCAACGAAGACUCCUGCCUCCCAUUCCCACCAAUUGACGCGCCUGCCUUUGGCUUAGUGCAGGAGCAGCUCGCCCACAAUCCAUUCCGCCUCCUCCUCGCAACGAUCUUCCUGAACCGAACACGUGGCGGCGUCGCGCUCCCAACCUUAUUCCAGGUCUUCGACAGAUACCCCACGAUCGAAGCAAUGGCUGCAGCAGACCCACCCGAUCUGAUAGCUAUGAUCCACCGCCUCGGCUUCCAGAAUCAGCGCGCAAGGAAAUGCAUCGCCCUAGCGCAGACUUGGCUUGGUCGUCCGCCCACUCUCGGCAAACGGUACCGGAAACUCAAUUACCCAGCUAAGACGGAUGGCAGGGAUGUUAAAGCAGGCGAGUGUAUCGACGAUGACGACCAGCGUGUUGCUUGGGAAGUCGCGCAUCUCCCCGGCGUUGGGGCUUAUGCUUUGGAUAGCUGGCGGAUCUUUUGUCGCGAUGAAUUACGCGGCUUGGCUAAGGAUUGGAAAGGAGGCGGUGCCGGUGCUGAGUUCGUGCCAGAAUGGAAGUCGGUGCUGCCGCAGGAUAAGGAACUUCGUGCUUAUUUGACGUGGAUGUGGCUGAAGGAAGGUUGGGUCUGGGAUCGGGAAACGGGUGAAAGGACGCGAGCGAGCGAGAAGGUUAUGCGGGCUGCGAGGCGUGGUGCAACGGCUCAUAUUGAGGAUGGGAAUUGGGUUCUUGAGACGUCGCCGGUUAAGCGGAGAUAG